CCUUUGGUAUGUAAAAUUUGUAAAGAUAAAACAUUCACUGCAAGUGCCACCUUAAUGUACCAUUAUAGAAGUCAUGCUGGGAUCAAGCCAUUCAUAUGUUUAAUAUGCAACACAACUUUUACCCGUCAGCACAGUUUAAACUAUCAUAUGUUGAUACAUAAUAAUCAAAGUAGAUUUACCUGUAAAGAUUGUGGACGAAAAUUUCGACACCCAAGUCAUUUUAAGGAGCAUUUAAGACGUCACACUGGAGAAACACCUUUUGAAUGCACAGACUGUCCAUUGAAAUUU